CUCUUACCUUUUUAUUAUUAUUUUCUAUUUGAAAAGUUUUUUACUUUUCCUUCAUUAUACAUUCCUUUAAACCCAUUACUUUUUUUUUCUUACUUUUAACUCCAUUCUUUUAUUAUUACCCUUCUUUAUGUACUGAUUCCUCCAAAACUAUUUACCUUUCUUCUUUUCAAUACCUUUCUUAUACUCUUUCUCUCUCUACUGCUUUUAUUCUUUUACCCUUUAUUUUAUUAUUAUUACAAUUUAUUAUUCAUACCAACCUACUCUUGAUUCGCCUCAAUGUCAAGGGAGUGUCGUUAUAUAUGUCAACGUGCAGCUAACGCCAUCAUCUCUGAAGUCGGUUCCUAUCGAGUAUCUACUGAUGCACUGUUAGGAAUCAACCAAUUCCUUGACGAAUUUUUAAUACAUCUUUUAACUAAUUGUCAAUCUUUGGACUUAUCACUUAUCAAGACCUCUGUUUUCAACUUGUUACCCUCUACCCUUGGCAAGAAUGCAAUUGUGGAAGCUGAAUUAGAAGUCAAAACUUUUACUGAAACAGAAGUGAUUGAUUAUGAUAUAUAUGAAAAAAUGAGAUCCAUUGGUACACCUUUUCCAACUCAAAAAUGUCUACCUCUUCUCCGGGAUAAAUGUUUUGAAUUUUGUACUUUGGCCGACAAAGAUGAUCAACAAUCUUGGAUGCCUCAUGAAGAAUGUGAUGAUCUUAUUAUCUCUCCUAUCGUGGCAAUCUAUGUGACAACUGUAUUAGAACAUAUGGCUGAAUAUAUAUUGACUGCUGUAGCUUUGACGGCUGAAACUGAAGAUACUGAUUAUGUACGCAUCAAAGAACUCUUUUUGGCAUUGAUUGAUGAUGUACAAGUUGGCAUGAUUUUUCGUCAAAUGGAUCUACGAGAUAAAAUGGAAAAACGCUCCUUUGCACAUGGUUAUAUGCCCAGAUCAAGUGUACUUCAACCAAAUAUCAUCCGAAACUCUACAGCCUCUGAACAUCAAGGAAAGAAUCUUUUGGGAGAAAUCAAUUUCGAUGAUUUGGAUUUACAUUACGACGAUGAUGAUGAUACCAAUCCUCAACGAUCUUCUGGACUUGGACCUCAUGCUUCUUCUUCCAAUUAUUCUGUGAAAUCCAAUGGUAACAAACGUCCUUCAUACAAGGUAUUCAAGAAUGACCAAGGUUCGUUCGCAACUGAACAACCAGCUUACUCUUCAGCCUAUGAUCCGGAUGCUCCUACAAUGAAUUUUGAAGAUCUGAUUCGUUCUGGUAAUACUAUGCGUGUAUCACUUACUCCAUAUCGAUUGAAAUCCAUUGAAAUCAAGGAUCAAAUGUUGGACGAUCCUAUACCCUCGAAACCAGCUUGGAAACGUCGAUCUGCUUCUGUCCCUCGAAUGUCAACUAGUUCAACUUCAACUUCUAGGCCUCAAACUCCAACACCAUCUGGUCAUCAUCAUCGCCCACAUUCUCCUCUUCCAAAGAUGAUUAAAACUGAUCAUCGAUUUGAAAACCCUCGUGAAGCACCAAAACCUCCAUCGACAGAUUCUUCUUCUAUUGCUUCUUCAACAACAAGCAAAAUCAAAGCUGUGGAAAAGUCACUCCCUACACCCACCUCGUCAACUUCUUCAAGACAAUCGAAAAAUCGACCUCCUGUGCCUUCCGAUAUGAAACUGCCUUCAUCAUCCUCAUCCUCAUCGCUUGCAUCAUCCAUCAAAUCAUCAAAAGCAUCGGAUAAACAACCUUCAUCUGUGGAUACAUCCUCUCCAAAGCCAUCGCAAACGGUUCCUUCGACUACUACAUCUAAUAUUACAACUACUACCACUACGAUCACACCUACUACUGCAAAACCAAUUGGCUCGUCAUCUCGCCCCACUCUUCGCCGCGGUAGUCUCAGUAACAGAAAAAGUCGGGAAAAUCUACGUCGAACGACAGAUUCUAUCGAUGAGUCUACAUCAUCAAGUCAAGAACAGUUGACGAAUGAACCUGAAUCUAUUCAAGAUAAUAAUAAUAAUAAUAAGCGCCCCGAACGACCUUCCAGUAUUGUGGCCAAACGUGCAUCCAUGGCAAAUCCUUCUCGACGUCAAUCUCUACAUGAAAGCUAUGCCAUCAAUGUGACAGAUACAAACCAAGAUACUACUAAUACGACAUCACGACAACUCUCAACACCACCUACAAUUCAACAAAAAUCAUCCUCUAGGAAAAGUUUAGUGCUGGACAAGGUGUUACAAUUUGAAAGGGCUCACUCAUUGGAUGAUAUAGCACAACGACGUGCUUCAUCCUAUAUUCCUCGACGAGAACGAUUUAUGUAUUUGCAACGGGACCCUAAUGCAUUGGAGCGACCCACCAAUAAGUCAACAUCCACUUCUUCAGCUGCUACUUAUCAUUCUACACUAUCUGAUGAUGAUAUGGAUGAUACUGCUAGUGAACAUGGUGUGGUCGAUGGUGAUGAAGAAUGGUUCUUACCAGAAGAUGAAUGGGAAGAUAUACAAGAACAAGAAAACGCUGUGGUGGAAUGGUUACUUGGUGAAGCUUGA